UGGUUAACUUUUACAUAUAUCCCAUAAUCCAUUGUAUAUUUUCGCGCAAAAAUGGCCGACAUGUCGUCAAGCCAGACGUCAAACUCAAAUAAUUUGGAUACGGCAGCAAAAAAGAGAAAACGGGGUCCAAAUUAUACGGCCUCUGAACUUGCAGUAUUGGAGGAAGAGUUUUCCGCAAACCGUUCCUUAUUGGAAAGUAAUCUUUCGGAUAAGGUAACGCAUGCACAACUUAAACAUUGUUGGCAACAAAUCGCCGAUAAAGUAAAUUCCGUUGGACACCACUUUCGAUCUGGGACAGAAAUAAAAGAAAAGUGGCGUCAAAUGGUAAAGAAAGCCAAAAAAGAAUUUAGUGAGUUCAAGAAGGAGUCCACGAAAACAGGUGGCGGACGACCUCCAAGUAACCCGCCGUCCACAUCAUCUCGAAUCAUUGAGAUGUACAAGGACACUGCUGGGUUUUCCGGGAUCCCAGGUGCGGCAGACCUCGAAACCUUCAUCUUUCAGGACGGUGAAGUGCUCAACCAUACACAGACUGGGGUAACUGGAGAAUUUAUCCUCGACUUCAUCCUGGAACAAACAGGCGAAGACACCGUCAAUGAGCAGUCGAAGUCAAAUACAGUCACAAGAAACUUGAAAGAGACAACGAUUGAAAAGUCUCAUACAGUGAGUUGUGAAUCGGUUGAUCAAAUGACGGCGAAAGAAAAAGUGCAGAAGACUACGCAGGUCUCAUCCGACAACAGCAGAACCAGGACGAACGAACGCGAUAGCUCCACAUACGCGAUCAAAAUAGUUAUUGGCGAUAUGGUCUCGUAUACCACGACCAUCCUGGUGCCCGAUGUAUGCCGGGGUUUCCACGUAACGCAGUUCGUCCUCGGGAAGUACUUCCGGCUCACCCCACAGUUUGGCAAGAUUGUGAAGAACAGCACACGCUAUAAUCACAUUGCUGCAUUUCUCUGGCUUCAGUCUUAUCUGGAUGAAUGUAACAUAAAUAAGAUUGAUAAUUGCGAUUGACUAGUAUACGUUGAAACUUUUGAAAAUAUGGUUUUCCACUAAAACUUGAUGCAAUACAUCAUCACACAUUCUGCACAUAAAGGAAAUAUAACUUA